GCUCCGCCGGUACCUUAUUAAUAAAAAUGAUACCAUCAUGAUGCUCAGCCUCACUGGUGGCAACUUGCAAAGAAAGGCUCUCGCACGCCACCUCUACAAAGUCUAAGAGGUUGAUAAUUGUCUGGGUUAGUGCAUCAGCAUGAUAGUGGGUAUGGGUUACUUAUUAAUCUGGUAUCAAAAUGCUCUGAUUUAUGGCCUCUUGCAAGCACGACUCUAGUGCAAGUGCAGUUUUAUAGUCUGGAAACAGGAAACAGUCACAAAUAUAAAAGACAUAACAGAAUAUCUGCAUUUAAAUUCAUAUUUAGAAUUAAUUUGUAUGCAAUCACCAUUAAAAAAAGGUCUAUUUUCUGUAAUAAUACCCCCCUUUGGCUUUAUUUGGUUAACACCGGCUUGGUUCUGGUGCUCCUGAGGUAACUGCGCAGUGUUAGGUGACAUUUAUUAAUGCGUGGGCUUGAUUAAUUCACGUGUGGCUUGUUUUUCUGAAAUCCAAAUCAUGUACGUAACCACAAAAGACCAGAGAGCACAGUUCGUGUCAUAUCAUAGAGUAUGGAGGAUUAAUCCUUUUUUUUUUUUUUUUAGAUCAAUGCGACUUAAAUGCCACACCAGACUCCAUUACAAAAAUCAAGGUGUUUUUAAUGUUUCCUUCGUGUCCGCGAACGCAGCACAGCCGGACAACAUGUAACACUAUCACCUGAUAUUUGACACAUUAAACUAAAAUCCGGCCUGCGUGACAUUAAACAGAACUUAAGCUUUAAAAAAAUAAAAAAUAAAAAAAAGGCUAACAAUUAACCUGAGCACCGCCUGCUCGUUGCCGCAUAUCACCGGGAGAGAAGCAGCCGGAGCCAGGCCUGAAAGUUGCUGGGUUAUGCUGCGUUUUUCCAAAACGACUCGUCUCUUCGGGACAAACGCCGAAUUUAAACUCGGUUUCUUACGGUUCGGACGCGGUGUUCACCUGCCAGCCUAAAAUCAGAGCUGGCUGACUGAACAAGGGCCGAGAAACUGAUGAGAACUUACUAAUGGAAAUGGAUGAUAAUAGCCUACAGACCUCUUGCUGUGAUACAAGAUGGUCACAGCAACUGUCAGGCCUCCCUCACAAGCUCCUGCAGCGCCUGAUGCCUUUCCAAAGGGAGGGAGUGGAGUUUGCUUUGUCGAGGAACGGACGAUGUAUGAUUGCUGAUGAGAUGGGUCUUGGGAAGACGGUGCAGGCCAUCGCGGUGGCGUACGCCUUCAGGCAGGAGUGGCCCCUCCUGGUGGUGGUGCCCUCGUCCCUGAAAUAUCCCUGGAUCGAAGAGCUGGAGAGGUGGAUCCCAGAGCUGCAGCCUGGAGACAUCAACCUGGUGGAGAACAAGAGCCACACCAUGGGUAUCAGCAGCAGUAAGGUGACGGUGCUGGGUUACGGCCUGCUCACCACAGACGCCCGCCCACUGGUGGAGUCCCUGAGCAGGCAGCGGUUCGCAGUGGUCGUGGUGGACGAGUCGCAUUACCUCAAAUCCAGGAACGCAGCCCGGACUAAGAUUCUGGUGCCUCUCAUUCAGAGCGCCAAGCGGGCCAUCCUGCUCACCGGCACUCCGGCUCUGGGUCGGCCUGAAGAGCUUUUUAUGCAGAUUGAUGCCCUCCACCCCAAAAGUUUCGGAACCUGGACCGACUACGCCAAGAAAUACUGCAAUGCCCACUACAGGUACUUUGGGCCUCGCAGACAGUGGGACUGUCGCGGGGCGUCCAACCUGGAGGAGCUGCACCAACGGCUGAGCCAGAUCAUGAUCCGCCGACUCAAGGCGGAGGUGCUCACUCAGCUGCCCCCCAAAAUCCGCCAGCGUAUCCCAUUUGAUCUGCCUAAAGAGGCUGCAAAGGAGGCCUCGGCCAGCUUCGCCGAGUGGGAGAGGCUGAUGAAGGGACUGGGGUCAGGGAUCGCCGUCACGGAUAACCCCUUCACUCAGGUCAUGAGCCUGGUCACACAGAUGUACAAGCAAACCGCUGUUGCCAAGGCGGGAGCUGUGAAGGACUACAUUAAGAUGAUGCUGGAGGCAGAGCAGCUGAAGUUCCUGGUGUUCGCCCACCACCUCACCAUGCUGCAGGCCUGCACCGAGGCCGUCAUCGAAGCCAAGGCUGCUUAUAUCCGCAUCGACGGCAGCGUCCCGUCCUCUGAGCGAAUCCAGUUGGUCAACAAGUUCCAGAGUGACCCACAGACACGGGUGGCCAUUCUCAGCAUCCAGGCAGCUGGUCAGGGUUUGACCUUCACCGCAGCCAGCCAUGUGGUGUUCGCCGAGCUCUACUGGAACCCCGGCCACAUCAAGCAGGCUGAAGAUCGAGCCCACCGCAUCGGACAAACGUCCUCGGUCAACGUGCACUACCUCAUCGCCAAGGGCACUUUUGACACCGUCAUGUGGUCCAUGAUCAACAGGAAGGAAACGGUGACCGGCAGCACCCUCAAUGGCAGGAAAGAAUAUCUGAAGGCCAACGAGGGCGACAAGGACAAGUGGGAGUUCCUCAGCUUUGCCGAUGCGUGGACGCCGAGUGAGACGGUGCUGCCGCUGGAGGGGAACACAGGAAGUGUCAAAGAUGACGUGUUCUUCACGCACUUUGAGAGAGAAAAGCAGCACGACAUUCGUUCCUUCUUCUCUCCGGGCGGCAGCAAAGAGAAGAAGAGGAAGAGAAUAGAAGGUGAAGACACCUCUCCCUCCAUCUCCUCAGAGACGACUGCCACACCAACUGGCAGCGGUGCAAACUCAAAAAAAGAAAACUCUUACUCUCAAACCGCCGCAACACCAGACCAAGACUUCUCCCCCCAGCUGAAGAGGCUCAGAACACCACAGCCCAGCCCGAGCCCCAGGUCUCGUCUUGGGGGCAAACGGAGGUCGACGGCUAGAGGGAUUGACUCAGGCAGCCCCGGCUCUCUGGUCUCCGUCAUGGCCCCACGGAAGCUGUCACAGCCCGACCCCCCCAAUGAGAAGUGGAGCUGUGAGGCCUGCACCUACUCCAACAGCAGCCUGUUGCCUUACUGCGAGAUGUGCGAGGUUCCACGCUCUUCUUCUGCUGUCAGGACAGAGCCUCCCAGGCCUUGGCAACCCCCCUCAGCUGAACCGGACCGGGCAUGCGUCGUCGUCCUCUCCAGCUCCGACAGCGAGCCGGAGCUCAGCCGCGGAAAAGCCCAGACUCGGAAAUCGCGGAAAGGCAAACAGAGCGAGGAAGAGAAGGAGGAGGAGGAGGAGGAUGAGCCUCCGAAAGACAAACAGAAACUAGGAGAAGCAGAGGAGGAGGACAAGCUGCAGCUCAAAGGCAAACAAUCAGCAGGAGUGCGAGGCGACAGCAUCGCUGGCGGUGGCGGCCGCCUCCCCCCUGACCACACACAGGACCGGAGAGCAGCAGUGUGUCUGUCUUCUGCUGCUGAUGCUAAUGACGAUGAUGAGGGCAAUGAUGGAGAUGACGCCAGCACCGCCCAUCCUGUCUACCCGGGCCUGCAGUUCUGCGCCAGCCAGUACACAGACCGAAUAUAUCUUUACUCCAAGGACGGCGCUCCGUUGAACUUGAGCUUCGUCCCUCUGGACAUCAAGCUAACCAACUGGGACGACCUGCCCGAGGCCUUCAGCCGGCGCCGGGAAAAUCGAAUACAGGUACUGAGGUUUGUUCAGGAGUGGAGCAGCCUGGCAGCCAUGAAGCAGAAACUGCUUCGACGCAGCAGCCUCCUCUUCCACAGCCCCACAUUUGGCUUGCAGCAGCUGGCCGCCGCCCAGCGCCCUCACUCGAGCACCAAGAGGUACCUCACUAAAGACGAGGUGGCCCAGGCGUCCCUGAGCAAGGCCCAACAGGAGGGGGGCAGCGUCCGACAGGUCACCAAGGAAAACUUUUUCACGAAAAGGAAGUCUACCGCUUCACUAACACCACCUACUUCUGAGAGGAAGGACAAGGACUCCUGUGAGGCAGUGGAGGAGCAGCCAUCAUCAGGGUCCGGAUACCUGCAGGCGCUGGACAGUGAUGGAGUCCCUCUGUGUCUGUCCUGCCAGCAGGCCUGCCCUACCACAGGUGGGGCCUGGGACACUCGAUUCUGCAGUCACAGGUGCCAAGAAGAGUUCCAGUUGCGCUCCAGCCAGACAUACAUGCGUUCACGAGUGCUGGAGGUGGAGAAGGGCAUCUGUCAACACUGUGGCCUCCACGCCCAUGACCUGUUCAUGAAGGUCCGUGACGCCCCGCCCACCCAGCGCAAGGACAUGCUGGAGAACACUUGGCUCGCACAGCUGUCACUCAAACAGCUGAAUGAGAUGAUCCGCGCUCCGGUCGAAGGGGAUUUCUGGCAGGUCGACCACAUCCGGCCGGUCUAUAGCGGAGGAGGACAGUGCUCUCUGGACAACCUGCAGACGCUCUGCACCGUCUGCCACAAAGCCAGGACAGCUCAGCAAGCCAAAGAACGGAGCCAGAUGAGAAAGAGCGCCGCAGCCUCCAAGGUUGCGUCAGACAUCAGCAGGUUCUUCAUCAGGAAAUGAAACAGAGGUUUAGUAAGGGCUUCAUGGGUGUCAAAUGACGGGAUUUCUAAGAAGCAUCAUGAUUCCUCAAUGACAAAACUCACAUUAAAGUAUCAGGAAUGCCUUUCACCCUGGCACAUUAGGAUGAAAGGCUCUUAAAGACCCCUACUUUCCUCCUAACUCACUUUGCGAUGGUAUCAGCGGCAUCCUGCUGGAGAUUUACAAAAAAAACAAAAAAAAACAGCGACGACUGCAUCAAAUGCAAAUUCAGCCAACUCCCCUCUCGUCCCCGAACCGUCACAAGUGCGGCGGUUUUGAUUUAUGACGGCCCCUUUUUGCUUGAGGCUGAAAUGGAGCAGGUUGUUUAGAGAGAUGCUGCUAUUUUAGGAUUUUGCAAACUUGGUGAAAAGUAGCAGGUGAGAGAUGAAUUGGGGGCUUUGUGAUUAAAAACUCCACGGCGGAAAAAAAAACGCAAGUGUCCUCAUUGGCGCCACUUGUUGAGGGGGCAGCCAACGAGGACACUCGUGCUUUCGCGAAUCUCUUCGGAAUCUUUUCGAAAGAUGGAUGAACACGCCUUCUCUGUGAAAUAAAAACCUAUUUUCAACUUGU